AGGAAGAAAGAGGAAGAAUAAAGUGAAGCGCGAGUUGGUUAUUUGUUAGAUAAAACAGAGAGAACAGGAGUGGUUUGGUGAAGCAAAGAGAGAGAGUGAGGUGCCGAGUUGUAGUAAGAAUACUAGCUUUCCUGCUUGUUCCCUCUUAACGCACCAUACAUUCACACACACUCGGUGUAGUUGAAUUACAAAAAUGGCCAACAACGCUAUAUUGGCUUGAAACGGUCCAAACAGACAAACGAUCGGAGUAAAACUAUAUUCCUGCCAAUUUGGACACGUAAAUGGCAUAAAAGAAACCCAGUUAAUAUUUGGUUGGAGCAGCAUUUGAAAUCAAGGCUAAGUACUUUAUAAUAAGCAACAUGUCGCUAUAAUGUGUUGGUGAGUGUGUGGGUGUUUAUUUGCGUAUGUAUACGUCUGUUGGGCGUGUAGUUUAUGUAUUAUGUAUGUAUAUAUCCGUGUGCCUGGUGUUUAAAUAUUAACUAGAUUGUGUGUGAGAGUGAGUGUAUAUGUGUGUGUGCUGGCAUGCAGUCUCUAUAGUUUCUCUGCACUUGUAUUUACUGUAAACUGUAUGUAUGUGUAUAGAUAUCGGGCUAUGUAUAUAUAGGUGUGUGUGUGCGUGUACUGUGUAGUAUGAGUAUAAUAUAGUCCGUGAGUGUGUGUGUGAGAGGGAGAGAGGGUGUGUGUGAGAGUGUGAGUAUAAUAUAGAGUCUGUGUGUGAGUAUGAGAGAUAGGGAGAGUGCAUGAGAAAGAGAUACAGUGAGAGUAUAAUAGAGUAAGAUAGAGAGUAUAUAAUAUAGCCUUUUGUGUGAUAGAGAAAGAGUAUAUGUAGAGUGUAUGCGAAAGUGAUAAAAUGAUAGUAUAAUAGAGAGUGAGCGUGUAGUAUAGACUGUAUAAGAGAUAGAUUGAGAGAAUAAUAGAGUGUGUGUUUGUGUGAGAGUGAGAGUAAUAAUAGAUUGUGUGUAUGUCGAGUGGCUUUAGGCUCUCUCUCCACUUUUCUAGCGAUAUUAAGUCAUCGCAGUAGAAGUACGAGUGUGAGUGUGUCUCGUGCGGGGGAAGCUGGGAACGGUGCCGGCACUGUAGGAACGAGGUAGCCCGAAACCAACAACAACAACAAAUAAAAAACAAAAAACAAAAAAAAAACAGGAAGAUAAUCAAAAUGGCGCUGCCGUCGAAGGCUUGGAACACGCACAACUUCAGCGGCUUUAUUAACCGCAUCCAAGGUGCUCUUGGUCCCCCUAAACUGGUUGUCGAUAAAAAAACCAUCGAGAAAUCAUGGAAAUUGAUGGAUAAAGUAGUAAAACAGUGCCAGCAGCCUCGCAUGAACCUACGCAAUAGCCCACCAUUUAUAUUAGACAUUUUACCGGACACUUAUCAACAUCUGAAGCUGGUUUGUUCCAAGUACGACGAUAAACUACACACACUGAACGAAUGCGAAUAUUUCCGCAUCUUCAUCGAGAACUUAAUGAACAAAUGUAAGGCUACCAUCAACCUAUUUAAAGAUGGUAAAGAGAAAAUGUUUGACGAGCAGUCGUAUUACAGGCGAAACCUUACCAAACUGUCUUUGGUCUUCUCUCACAUGCUAGCAGAGUUAAAGGCCAUCUAUCCAAACGGCAGUUUCGCUGGAGACAAUUUCCGCAUCACCAAAAGUGAUGCCUCCGACUGGUGGAAGCGGUCAUUCGAAGAUAAAACCAUUAUUCCAUGGAAAUUAUUUCGAGUAACGCUGCAUGAAACCCACUCCAUCGGUUCUCCACUGGAAGCAAUGGCGCUAAAAUCUACCAUAGACUUAACGUGUAAUGACUACAUUUCUGUUUUUGAAUUUGAUGUGUUUACAAGAUUAUUCCAGCCAUGGACAAAUUUGUUGCGGAAUUGGAAUGUACUUGCAGUAACACAUCCAGGCUAUGUAGCAUUCCUUACGUAUGAUGAGGUGAAGGUACGCCUGCAGAAAUAUGUAAAUAAACCUGGAAGCUAUGUUUUCCGAUUGAGCUGCACACGUCUUGGCCAGUGGGCAAUAGGCUAUGUCACCACAGAUGGCCAAAUUUUACAAACAAUUCCACAAAAUAAAUCUCUUUGUCAAGCUUUGCUUGAUGGCCAAAGAGAAAGCUUUUUUCUCUAUCCUGAUGGUCGGAGUAUCAAUCCAGACUUAAGUUUCCUCGUCCAGGACUGUCAGGAGGACCAUAUAAAAGUUACUCAGGAGCAAUAUGAACUCUACUGUGAGAUGGGCUCAACUUUCCAGCUGUGCAAAAUAUGUGCUGAAAAUGAUAAGGAUAUCCGCAUAGAACCUUGUGGUCACCUGCUUUGUACUCCUUGUCUUAACCAGUGGCAGGUAGGGCAGGACGUUGAAGGUGGACAGGGUUGUCCAUUCUGUCGUUGUGAAAUCAAAGGGACAGAGCAGGUGGUGGUUGAUCCUUUUGAUCCAAAAUCUUUGUGUAAGUUGAACGAAUGCCGAGAAAAUCUCAUUCAGGAUGAUGAAGAUGAUGAGGACCCCUGUCAGAGCACAUCGAAUUUACAGGCUCUAGUUGUCCAUCCAAAGGACCAGUAUCGAGAUAAAUCCCCAUUCGGCUCUCCAAAUGCCUCCCAGAAAGAUGUAGCACCACCCCCAGUACCACCACGGCGACCAUCACCGCUAUCAUCUCCUUUACAUUCACCAAAUUCUUCACCAAAACCUCCCAGUCGUCGCCAACUUCCUCCGACUCCCUCCCGUGAUGAUGAGGAUGAUGUCACCCUUGUAGUCUACAAAGCUCCACACUCGGCACACAACAGUAUACAACGGCUGGGCACUACAGUCGACAGUACAGGAAGCAAUUCAGGGAUUUCCUAUGCUCAGCUGUGUUACGAACUGUCGGUUGAUAUGAGCCCUGACUACACUUAUGACAAACCUCAUUGCACAAUAGCAAGAGGUGCCCCUGAUGGCUGUUCAAGUUAUAUAAAUUUCCCAAUGUCUGGAGGAAACUCUAAAAAGAUCCCACAAAGGGCUGGGGAAAUGGAAUAUCCUCCACCAAUUCCACAACAUAGACCGAAACCAGAUGAAGCCCCACCAAAAAUAAAGUCCGAGUGCCAUCACAAGGCUGGUGCUGUCCCAAUCCAGCGCGAGCGACUGCGAGAACGACAAGACAACAACAAAGAAAACACAGAGACAAGUUCAUACAACAGCAUCAACCAGGAGUUUGUGGAAGAUUUAGUGUCGCGUGGCUACGAUAAAGUCCGGGUCGUUGACGCACUCCGAGUAGCACGCAACGAUCUCAAGAUGGCUGAAGAAAUUCUAGAGACUUUCGUCAAACGAAAUUAGUGCAAAAUUGUUGCACUUACACAUGCGUACGGCAGGGCGGCUGGGACACAAACAGUUAAUGAUACUACACGCCCACACAAUCACACAGCUCUGUAUCUAUGUAUGUAUGUAUAUAUAUAAGUGCGUGUGUGUGUGUGUGUGUGUGCAUGUAUCCAUUUGUGUCGACUACGUGUGUGUGUGUGCGAGUGUGUGUGUAUGCGUGUGCGCAUGCGCAUGUUGACAUGCACACACGCACACACAUGUGCAUGUGUAGCUGUACAUAGAACACCCACACUUUGGCAGGUGUGGGCAUGCAUGCGAGUAUGUGUGUGUGUGCAUGUGUGUGUGCAUGUGUUAACGAGAGUAUAUACAGACUAUAUAUAUAAAUAUAUAUAGACUAUAUAUAUGUAUAUAUACAGACUAUAUAUAUAUAUAUAGAUUCUAUAUAUAUAUAAAGAGAGAGACUAUACAGACUAUAUAUAUAUAGAUAUCAUAUUGAAUGAAUACAAUAACAAUAAUAAUAACAAAAUUAAGAACAAGCCCAGUACUUCAAAGCUGGCAGUUUUCAAAUGUAAAUCCAGAGAUGGCCCCGGUUGUCAUGGUGAUGGCCUUUCUUCCUGAACUCCCCCUUUUCUCCUAACAAAAGGUAUCAUUAUAACCUGCUGCCAGUUUUGCUGGUUGGUUUUCUUACUACACAUCCUCCUCCUCUACACAUUUCCGGCCUUGUGCCAAUUUAAGAAAUUAUUAUUAUUAUUAUAAUUAUUAUGGAAGAACAAAAGGCAGAGAACUCCCUUGACCACCCAACCACCCACUGUUAAUUUUGCCUUUCAUUGUUCCAGGAGAGGGUUUGGAGUGUCCUCGAACUAAUAAAAGUAUCAGUUAUAUACUGGGGUGUGUCAAUAUAAUCAAUUCUAUCCCCCUUCCCCAUAAAUUCUGGCUUUGUGCCUAUGUGAGAAAUCAUCAUUGUUAUCAUCAUCAUCAUCAUCGUUAUUAUUUUUAGUAGUCUGUGACCCACCCCCACCCCAUUCCCAUUUGCCACAAAAUGUCAUACAGUCUUAUGCAGAAACCAUUAUCAUAAUUACUGUUAUUAUUAUCAUCAUCACCAUUAUUAUUAUUAUCAUUAUUAUUUUAGGUCUGUCAUAAAUGAGAUGUCACAGUGCAGUAUAUCAGACGAGAGCCCUUUACAAAUAUCCAAGUUACUGAUUUCAAAUUCCCCACUGUGUUUGACAUGACAAGGUGGAUGCUUAAAUACCAGUGAUACACUGAGGAAAAUAUCCCACCCAUACUUACAACCACAGUCUGAAGAAAAUAUUGUUGCUACUAUUACCAAAGUGGGAAGCUGGCAGAAUUGUUAGCAUGCCUGACCGAAUGCUUAGAAGCACUUCUUCUAUCUUUGUUCUGAGAUAAAGUUCUGCCAAGGUCGACUUUGCGUUUCAUCCUUUCAGGAUUGGUGAAUUAAGUACCAGUGAAACACUGGGGUAAAUGUAAUGGACUAGUCCCCUCCACCAAAUUUCAGGCCUUGUGCCUCUAGUAGAAAGGAUUAUUAUUAUUAUUAUUAUUAUUAUUAUAAAGUCAACAAGCUGACAGAAUUUUUAGCAUGCCAGACAAAAUGCUUAGCAGCAUUUUGCCUGUGUUUAUGUUCUGAGUUCAAAUUCCGCCGAGGUAGACUUUGCCCUUUCAUCCUUUCAAGGUCAAUAAAUUAAGUACCAGUGGAACCUUGGGGUCAAUGUAAUCAACUAGUCCUCUUCCAAGUUUCAGGUCUUGUGCUUAUAAUAGAAAGGAUUAUUAUUAUUAUUAUUAUUAUUAUUAUAUUACCCUGCUCCACAUGCUUCUCGUUUGCUUCUGUCAUACAAUUUAAUAAUGAAGAAGACAAAAGAUGUAUUUCGUUCAAACUCUGGUUAUUGUCACUCUCUGCUUACUGUCACAUUCAUUAUAUAUUUCUCCCAUAAAACGUGUGUGGGGUGAGAGAGAUACAUCUGUCUGUCUAUAUAUAUAUAUAUAUGUGUGUGUGUUUUUGUGUGUCUGGGGAGGACAAAAAAGAGAAAAUGAAUAUUCAAUACACAGAGUGUGACACAAAAGCUGCAACCUGUCACUGCUCUUUGGUUUCUGUGGUGUAUGUCACAGAAGGAUUCAGAAUGUCCAGUCAUGUGGGAGCUUUAGUUUACUCUGUACAUGUAUGUCAGGGCUGUGUGGAUGUGUUACCCUUCUGCUACCCCUCUAGAUAUGUUAUCUCUCUCUUUCUCUCUCUCUGUCUUCUCAUACUACUUGUACAACCAACACAAGGACAACUCUAAAGUGGUUGCUUGACCUGUUAGAAAUAGCAGCAAAAUUUCCCUUAAUACUCCAUCCUUACCCUUGUCACCUUUGGACAAAUAUCGGAUACACAAAACAUGAAUGAAAGACAGGAUGGUCAUGGCUUGGACAUAUCUGAUUAUGGAUAGGUCUGCUGAAUCUGCCAUUGACUCGGAGCUAAACAACAGCUGUAACUAUCAUGACAUUCGGUGAUGGGUCUGUUGUCAGACAUUAAGUUGAACCAAAUCACGAAUUCCAAUUCCUUACUCACCUUGCACCUUGUGUGUGCCUCUCCUUCUCUCUAUUUCCCCUUCUUCUCCACUACAUAUUCCUCCUUCUAAAUACUUUAAAACUAGAGGUAGAAAAAUCUUCCUUUAAUGAUAUAUAUAUAUAUAUACUGUUACCACAGCUACACUGAUGUAACUAUUGUUACCAUGGCUACACUGAUGUAACUAUUGUUACCAUGGCUACACUGAUGUAACUAUUGUUACCAUAGCUACACUGAUGUAACUAUUGUUACCAUGGCUACACUGAUGUAACUAUUGUUACCAUGGCUACACUGAUGUAACUAUUGUUACCAUGGCUACACUGAUGUAACUAUUGUUACCAUGGCUACACUGAUGUAACUAUUGUUACCAUGGCUACACUGAUGUAACUAUUGUUACCAUGGCUACACUGAUGUAACUAUUGUUACCAUGGCUACACUGAUGUAACUGUUGUUACCAUGGCUGCAACAACAUCUUUCAAAAGCUGUUAAGCAUAGACAAAUGCCAUUUCUUAUGACAAUCAUUAAUUACCGUGGUUACAAGGAUAUAUCUUAAAGCAUAGUCACUACUUGAGGUGACAACUGUUGCCAUGGAAACUACAGUAUAGCUAGAAGUACAUCUGCUGUUGCCAUGUAACAGCCCCCUUUCUCCACACAGUAUACCAGUUAAUUUUGCUGCUCUACUUAAACCUUCCUCCCCCUCCUCAUUAUUAUUAUUAUUAUAAAGGUGAUUGGUAGAAUUGGUAUAGCAUCAGAUCAAAUGAUUUGCAGUAUUAAAAACUGAACAGCAAGAAGAAUUGAACUGUGAAAUUGUCUCUCAUUAGCAUUGAUUUAAUGUCAUUUAUCUUGUCUACUGUCCCCACCCACCCCAAUAUUUUUAUUUUUAUAUCACCCUCCCCCUCCAGCUUGUCUGAUGUUUCUGUUGCUAUAGUUAUCUACUCUCACCACAGCCCAAACAACUGUCUCCUUCCUCUACUGCUGUAUCCUCAACUUGAAACUGUAGUCCACCAAUUCAUCCAGUCUGGCUGUGGUGUGAGACAAAGUACUGCUGCUUCUCCACUUUUCUUCUUCUUUCUUGAUGUCCUCCGACAACACCUCCCCCCUCACCACACAGUAUUAUAUUCUCUUAUCGGAGCUGCUGUUUUUUUUUUCUUUCUAAUCUAUCCAUGCUGAUCCCUUCCCAUCCGACACAGUCACAACUGAACCCCACAUCAGAGUCUACUUCACCUUACACUUCUCAUCAAGCUAUGGGUCUAUUCAUUAGUUACUGCUUUUGGAAAUUAGGCUCAUGUGAUUUUUUUUUUUUUUUUUUUUUGUGUGUGUUAUUUUGUUGGAAGUGGCUGGAGAAGAGAUUAUUGAAAUUGAAGUGUAGUGGAAGAUCUCGGUUGUGGUUGUAGCAGACUGUUUGAUAAUAAUGAUGUUGAUGAUGAUAUUCCCGUUGGUGUUCUGUCUGUUCUUAUUGACCCUUUUAUCCCCCAUUAGCCUAUGUCAGAAUUUGAACCCAGUACUGCAAGCAAAUGAAAUAGUAUUCGUUUGUUGUAGAAAGGUGAGCUGUAGUUCAUCAUGGUGCUAAUUUACAUCUAUGUCACUGAGCCAGAGACACUGUACAGUGGAAGAGAGAGGAUUUGAAUAGUUGAGCCACAAAUUAUCAGGCAAGCGCUUUAACAACUCAGUCAGUUGUCAGAGCCUGACAAGAUUUGAACUCAAAACCUUGGGUUCCAAAUGAGGUAGCUGACAUUAUACUGUGGUAAUGUUAAAACAGAUGGGUUGUUACAUGCCUUGCAGUAAUGUCAUUUGUCCUGCAGUUAUGUCACACAUUCCACAGUAAUGCCACACAUCUUGCAGAUGAUGUUACACCUCCUACAGUGAUGUCACAUUAUCUGCAGUGAUGUUGCGCCUCCUGUGAUAAUGAUGUUCAUCCUACAGUAAUGACACACUGCAGUAAUGUCACACCUUUUGCAAUCAUGUCAUUCACCCUGCAGCAAUGUCACAUGGAAAUGACAGCUAUAUACUGAAGCACUGUGGGGUUGUUUGAUAUAGUUCAGUUUUAACUUCAGCUGUCGUAACUGCAGAAACAACUUAGAUUUGUGUGUGUAUAUAUAUAUAUAUAUAUAUAUAUAUAUAUGUGUAUAUAUAUAUAUAUAUAUAUGUGUGUGUGUGUGUGUAUACACUCACACACACAAUUUAUUUGCUGAAACUAGGCAGAAGAAAUAGUUCUGUAAUUCUCGUCAGGAGUUUUCCUUGUUUCUCAAGGUUUGAGGUGAGGAGCAAAUAGUUCUUUUGAAGUAACCCACAUUGUAUUACUGGUACAUAGCUUGGGGCUGGGAGGCAAAGCAAGCUCUGGUGCAGUUGGGAGAUCUAAUGUCUAGUUUAUUAGUAGGUAUUAUGGUGAUUGGAUAGGGUAACAGAUCAAUGUUAUCACCUCCCCACUCCCCACCCUUGGUUUUUAAGGGAUCAGUUCAGUCAAGAAUAGCAAAACUGAAUACAUUAAAAAUAAAUGUAGCUAAUUUUGAUGUCGUUAACCCCCUCUACUUCUCUGUUUCUUCUUCCCUCCUCCUCUCUUGUCUGUCUGUCUGUCUCUGUUAAAACACAUUUUGAAACAAUUAUGUAAAUAAUUCUCUGCCAUUUUGAAUGAAAUUAUUAUCAUCAUCAUCAUCAUCAUCAUUGCCUGAUAAAAUAAGUACCAGUCAUACACUAGGCACUAAUAGACUCCUCCUCUACAUCUGCCAAUGUGUAGCAUUGCCCUUCUUCUUCUCCUCCUCAUUAUUAAGGUGAUCGAUGGUAGCAUUAAUUUCACUGUUAAUCUCUGAGAUAAUGAUGCUUUCUCCUGUAAUAUUAAGUGACCCAGGUCAAAAGUCAACCUCUGCAGCCAAACUAACUCCUGUCUUUCUCCUAGCUCUCAACCCCCCCUUACACAAUAUUUUUAACUGUCAGAUUGAAAAUAUUUGAAAUCUAAAAAAAAAAAGACCUAAAAUAAAUAAAAUAAUUUAAAAAAAUAAACAAAACUUUCUCCCUGAUAAAUCCUUUGACUUAGCGAAUGGAUAAUGGAUCAUUUCCUCCUCUUCUCUGUUGACUUCUUCUUUCAUAGAACAAUUUCUCUUGAAGAACACAAAAUCUUUGGGAAAACCUGAUAUCUUGCAGUGUUUAAGGUUCAGUUUAAAUGCUUAUUAAAGUGACAUGAAUUCUCAUUUUUAAGAUGAUAUUGAUGACUGAUGAUGAUGAUGGUGGUGGUGGUGAUGAAAACUAACUUUGAUAAUUUUACUACGAAAA